GUGAUUUGACUUCCCGUUGGAAUGAUGGGCGCUGUAAUCAUUCCUCGGCUAGAGGGGGGGGGGCAUAAAACCGUUGACCCAGAUCUGGUGGAGGCCAGUCUCAUGUUUUCUGUCCGGUGAGACGGAAUCGAUCUGGUCCAGAAUGGGGGUAUUGGACCAGGAACGUUGUUGGGCUAAUCUUAGCGAGGUCUCUGUUAAGAACACCUUGGGGCCCGGGGGGUUAUUCCGUUUCGUUCCUGUCUUCUUGUCUUGCAGAGCCUCAAAAUGAUUGUCUCGAGGGUGUUGUUCUUCCUCUGCUUGGCAGUGUUGGCGGCGGCCUUUUCGCUGUCGGAUGUACCGUCAUGUGCAUUGUCACCUUUGUAUGCUGGCUCUCGGUUUGGUGAUUAUCCUACUGACGAUGGACAGUUCAUUCUCAUACCAUUUACGGUGUUCACACUACUCGCAAUACAUCACGGCAUUGGACUCGCUACGCCAUUGUUCACCAAGGAUGACCUGUCUCAGGCCCUAAAGGAGGUCUUUACCCUUCACCUUCUCUACGUCUGUGGUCUCGCAGCAGCCAAGACGUCGAUUCUUUUCUUUUAUCUGCGAGUAUUCCAAGACACUACAUUCAGAACCCUCGUUUGGAUAACACACGCCUUCAACGCCUUGUCUACUGUCACCUUGGUCACUCUUGGCCUGACACUCGGGCGGUCCGUGACUUAUCUUCUUGGCAGUACUGCAGAUUCCGUAUCCAAUAUGAACAAAUACUCGAAUACUCUCAAGAUUGUCCUGGCGCACUGCGUGGUCAACCUGGCGCUUGACAUCUGGAUGCUUAUUCUGCCAUUGACUCAGCUUUACAACAUAGGACUGAAGCUCAACAAGAAGAUCAACGUGAUGGCCAUGUUUGGUCUGGGUUUGUUCCUUACAGUAGUCAGUCUGGUCCGCACGAUACUUCAGUCACAGCUCCUCUCUGAUCCCGAAGAAGCGCAAACGGGCCAACAACAAGUGGUUCUUUGGGCGUGUAUCGAGACAUACAUGGGCGCCAUAGUGGCCUGCGUGCCUUCAACACGGCAACUUGUUCGGAAGGCGAUUUACAAGAUGCGGAAGCAGAAAGAAGGACAGUCAACAAAUAAACCUAUUUUCAUCAACCGGUCGCUGGCGCCGAUACCGGAUGAAGAAGAUAUGCUGACGUUGAGUGACGUUGGGGGAUUGACGACUGUUACAGUGAGUAGUAGUGGACGGACGGCAGUGUCGGGGACGGAGCACGAGAUGGAGAUUAUUAGUAAGACAGAUCGAUGA